AUGGUUAUUCGUGGUAUCGCAGAUGCCAAUGCUCAUAUUGUUCGUCAAUAUAGCAUGAAUCCUGAGAAGAAAAGCUCAGCUUUGGCUCGGCUUAGCGGGGUUGUUGGAAUGGGAUCAACCCUCGGUUUUUUAAUGGCUAGCCAACUUCCGAAAAUCUCUUAUAUUCCGAUGAGCAUCUUCCUAUUCUCUUCUCAUGUAUUAUGCGGCAUCUUGAUGGCGAUAAUCACCAGACAGCCGCAGAUGCCACUUACGGGUGCGCGUACUAAAGAAAGGUGUUUUUUCUUGGCUAUAAGGGGUGUGACGUUCACACGAACAUUAGGAUUAUACCUCAUCGCAUCUGUCGCUUCAUAUUUGGCGGUGAUUGGAUGCCAUCAAAUCCUUUUCCUAUACCUCAAGCUCAAAUUCGCCUGGGAUGCCGGCCAAUUUGGUUAUCUUAAAGCGGGCAGCCGAUUGACCGCCACUAUUAUGGUCGAGUCCUGGCUGUACAUGCCUCUCUUGAGAGUGUCGCUCAGCUUUUUGCGUCUGCCAUUUUCCACCCACUCCUCCCCUUGUCUGCAAAAUUCGGGUUUCCUUCACUGCCGUUUUACA